AUGCCCCAUCAGAAAAAUACUAAGGAGAUUGCCUUGAAGAAGCAGCUGAAGGCUAUCCAAACGAAAAUGUACACAUCAGCUCGUGAGCAUGAUAUAUUAGGAGCAUUCAAGACCUAUGAGGAGAUUAUGUCCAAUGACGAAUUCGUGGACGCUGGCUUAACGAAAGGGAUGCAUGCACGUAUCCUUACUGUGGCUGCUAGCGAUGUUAAUCUCGAAGCUGGCUGUCCAUCGAAGGACAUCGAGACUGCCCGGAAGAUCCUCAAGCUUGCUCAGCAAGUCCUCGAUAAAUGCCCACAGCGUCAGGAGAAUAUUCUCACUGGUAUGGUGAAGUUGGCAGUAGCAGCAGGAGAGAUCGAUCUAGCCUUGCAGUACCACGAAGAGUGCUUGAGCAACUUCCAACCUCGACUCAGGAGUUACGCUCCGCUCCUGCAGUUGUAUUCAUCACCUCAGUACCGAGACUUCGACGCGGCCAUGAAGCUAGUCGCGGACCUCGAGGGCCGGGGGUUUACUCUCGGUGAGGCGGAGCUGUCUUAUCUUCUCCGAUGCUGCCCUCCUGGAAAAACUUUCGAUUUCCUCGCCGACAAGGUGGCUAACACAAUUGAUGUCGUCACCGAUUCGAGAUUGACGGAGGCUAUCAAAACAAUGGGCCAGCGGGAUCCGGAUGUGGAGGUCCUCCCUACAGAUAUUUCUGUGGAGGGCAGGUGCUCUGCUACGGAUAUCAAGUUGCGGUCUAUUGACAUCACGGAUGAGGAGCUACACGAGCUCUCAGAUCUAACCCAGCGAUUGGCGACACAAAACUUGUCCGAGGAUCAGCAGCAAAAGUUCCUCGACUUGAAGCAAUACUUAGAUUCACAAUCGACUCCGGCGACUAUCAUAGUUGAUGCAGCUAAUAUUGGCCAUAUGAACCAGAACUAUGCUGAUGGCUUCUUCCAGCACUCGCAGAUAGAUGACGUUGUCGAGCAUUUCUUAAAGGAAGGAAAGAAGGUACUUGUGAUUUUGCAUAGCAAGUGGCUCGAACAGGGGCUCGACUUGACUGUCGGUACCGGUCCUCUUGCCAAGAAGAGACGGAAAAUUGCAAGCAAACACAAGCAGAAGCUGGCUAGGUUGGAUGGUACCUUCGCGCCCGAACUAGACCCCGAGUUAACCCCGUCUCCCGUCUCAGCCAAUGAGAAUACACCUGAGAAUAUUGAGGAAUCGAUGUCUUGCAAACCCCAGAGCUCACAUACGAGUGAUGAGGAUGACGUUGAGGAACUGAGUGAAGAGAAGCGGGCCAAGUAUGACGAGUUGAUAAAGAAGUACGAUGAUAAGUGGACGAAGCAAAAUGACGACAACGGAAGUCUUUUCGAUCUUUAUAGGGUCCCUCCUCGUGCAAACGAUGAUUGGUUCUGGAUGUACGCAGCUAUUCGCUGUGAAGAACAGGCUCGAGCACUGGCGAAGAAUGAAAACCGAACGGCUGAUAAAGUAUUUGUGAUCUCAAACGAUCUGAUGCGGGAUCAUUUCUGGCGAAUGAUGGUUCCACAGUCUUUCCUCCGAUGGCGGGAGAGGCAUGUUUGCCGCGUCAGAAUCACCUUCCCAGAAGAGAAUGUUGAUAAAAAAGAGUACGUAUUUUGCAGCGUGACUGAAUCAGCUAGCGGAGAUAGGGUACCUAUCACACGUCCCGUUGAAGAUCAGCAGCCUGAAACUGAAACGAAGUGGCUUGCCGUGGUGAACAAGGCAGCCGGCUCGGAGUAA